GGCGAGCAAGAGAGAGAGAGAGAGUGGUGCCAUGCAAUCCCAUGCAAAAAAGGAACGUGGAAAAAAAAUAAAAAAAUAAAGAAAUAAAGAAAUUAUGGCCAAAUUAGUUGUGCUCCGAGUAGUUUGGAUCUUCUCUCCUUGGGAACCUUCCAAAUUUGGAAACAACAUGUUUGUCUCUCUUCCACAAUUUCCAUUUCUUCUCUCUCUCUCUCACCAUCUCGACCUGUACUAUUUCUACUCACUCACCACACCCAAACCAUCCAAGCUUCCAAAUUCCUCCAUUUUUCACUUUUGGUUCUUCUCCUAAUGGCGCUUGGAAGGCCCCGCAGUAGCAAGAGAUCCUCCUCUUCUUCCUAUGCUUCCACUGUUACAACCCUCAUCUUCUUAGCCUUAUGUGUUCUCGGAAUAUGGAUGCUCACCUCCACCUCUGUUGUACCUCCGCAGACCACCACUCGGACUUCUUCCGAUACCUCCACCGCUACUACCACCAUGGACAAUCUCCAACUCCCCAGAUCAGAGGAUAAGGAGGCGUCUGCGGUGUUUGAGGAUAAUCCUGGUGACCUCCCUCUUGAUGCUAUUAAAUCCGAUGAUAGUAAUGAUAGUAAUGAUAGUAAUGUUAUCGAUGACCGAUCAAAGGACAAUGCCAGUGACGGGCAGGAAUCUAGAGACCAAGACGGGGGUGGCGGAAAUGAGGCUCAAUUGUCGGAGGAGAGUGCAAUGACUCAAAACCAACAAGUGGUUGAGAGCCAAAAAGUAGAGGAGAAGGUAGACUUGGGAGGGAGCCAAGAACAAAACGCUAAUUCAUCUGAUCAAAGCAAUGAAUCCACGGAGACUGUGGAAUCUGAUAAUAAUAAAUCGAAUGAAGCAUCGCUCGAGAUUAAUCCUCAAGAACAACCACAAGAACAGCUACCGGAAGAGCCUGAAAACAAUGGUAGUCAACAAGAAAUUCCACAAGCAAUUACAAAUGAAGAGCAGCAGCAGCAGCAGCAAGCAACCGACAUCCCAGAAAACAGCGGAGACUCUCAAACCGAUCAACAGCAAGCAACCGACAUCCCAGAAAAUAGCGGAGACUCUCAAACCGAUCAACAGCAAGCAACCGACAUCCCAGAAAACAGCGGAGACUCUCAAAACGAUCAACAGCAAGCAGCCGACAUCCCAGAAAACAGCGGAGACUCUCAAACCGAUCAACAGCAAGCAGCCGACAUCCCAGAAAACAGCGGAGACUCUCAAACCGAUCAACAGCAAGCAGCCGACAUCCCAGAAAACGGCGGAAACUCUGAAAACGAUCAACAGAAACCUGAAACUGAAGCUGAAAAAGUCCCACAAGAAUCUGAAAUCCAAAACCAGGAUGAUGGCAAGACCGAACAACAGCAACAACAACAGGACAGUUCAAACACGAGCAACAACAGUGAAGAAACUGCGUCGGAGCAAAAUCAGCCACGAGAGGAACACCGACGCAACAAAAUGCCAACUGAGAAUCAAGAAUCACAGAAAACUGAAUUCAGGGAGAGCCAAGAAACACCAAAGGACUCAAAAACAACAGAAAACAAAGUGGAAGAGACAACCACGGCAGGGUCACUUGAUACCUCGGCAAUACCCAAAGAGUCGAAGGAGUCUAAAAAGUCGUGGUCGACACAAGCCGCGCAAUCGGAGAACGAGAAAGAUCGCCGGCGGGAAGAAUCCACUAGCAACGGCAGCCUCUACGGGUACACUUGGCAGCUCUGCAACGUCACGGCGGGCACCGAUUACAUCCCCUGUUUAGACAACGAGAAAGCACUGAAGCAGCUGCGUACAACAAAGCACUUCGAGCACCGGGAGAGGCACUGCCCCGAGGAGGGACCCACCUGCCUUGUCGCACUGCCAGAGAAUUACAAAAGAUGCAUCAAAUGGCCCAAAAGCAGGGACAAGAUUUGGUACCACAAUGUGCCGCAUACAAAGCUAGCCGAAGUGAAAGGCCACCAAAACUGGGUCAAGGUCACGGGCGAGUUCUUGACUUUUCCCGGCGGUGGCACCCAGUUCAUCCACGGCGCUCUCCACUACAUAGAUUUUAUUCAACAGGCUGUACCGGAUAUUGCAUGGGGGAAGAGGACAAGAGUGGUAUUGGACGUGGGCUGUGGAGUUGCCAGCUUCGGCGGCUAUCUGUUCGAAAAGGAUGUUCUUACAAUGUCGUUUGCUCCAAAAGACGAGCAUGAAGCUCAGGUGCAAUUCGCACUUGAGCGGGGAAUUCCGGCCAUUUCUGCUGUCAUGGGCUCACAACGUCUGCCAUUUCCAAGCAUGGUUUUUGACAUUAUUCACUGUGCUCGAUGUAGAGUGCCUUGGCAUGCAGAAGGAGGGAUGCUUCUCUUAGAAUUGAACCGAGUGCUGAGGCCAGGUGGAUUUUUUGUUUGGUCUGCAACUCCCGUGUAUCAGAGCCUGGAAGAAGACGUCGAGAUUUGGAAGGAAAUGUCUGAUUUGACGAAGUCCAUGUGUUGGGAGCUAGUGACGAUUCAGAAAGACAAGCUGAAUUCCAUUGGGGCCGCCAUUUACAGGAAACCAGCCUCAAAUGAAUGCUACGAUCAAAGAAAACACAAGCGUCCUCCCAUGUGCAAAAACGACGAUGAUCCGAACGCAGCUUGGUACGUGCCAUUGCAAGCGUGCAUGCACCGUGUACCAGUUGACAAUGCAAUGAGGGGCAGUAACUGGCCACAACAAUGGCCGAAGCGGUUGCAAGCACCUCCUUACUGGCUAAACAGCUCACAAAUGGGGAUUUAUGGAAAACCAGCUCCGCAAGAUUUCACAACUGAUUAUGAACAUUGGAAAAGAGUUGUGAAUAAAACUUACAUGAGUGGAUUAGGCAUAAAUCUGUCCAACAUCAGAAAUGUGAUGGAUAUGAGAUCUGUUUAUGGCGGGUUUGCAGCAGCGUUGAGAGACCUUAAAGUCUGGGUAAUAAAUGUGGUGAAUAUUGACUCUCCUGAUACACUUCCGGUGAUCUACGAGCGCGGUCUCUUUGGGAUUUACCAUGAUUGGUGUGAGUCGUUCAGCACAUAUCCAAGAACAUAUGAUCUACUACACGCUGAUCAUCUUUUCUCAAAGUUGAAAAAGAGGUGCAAACUGCAACCUGUCUUGGCAGAGGUGGAUCGAAUAGUAAGGCCUGGAGGCAAAUUGAUUAUCCGAGAUGAAUCCAGCACGAUUGGAGAAGUGGAGAACCUGUUGAAGUCUCUCCGUUGGGAAGUUCACUUGACCUUCUCCAAAAAUCAGGAAGGGCUUCUGAGUGCUCAGAAAGGCGAUUGGAGACCAGAUACUUAUGCAGAGUCUUCCUGAUUUGGUAGAAAAACAAGCAUCCAAUUCAAUAAAAAUAAAAUUAAAAUUACCCCCUAGCAAGAAGAUUUGUAGACCACCUAGCAUCUUCAAAAGAAUGCAGUAGGUAAAUAGGCACAGGCACAUACCUUGUCCCCUGCAAUCAGCUACUUGUGAGCUGCGAGAACUCCAUUAGAGAGAGUGUAAGAUAUUUGGUCCACAAAUUGUUAGAAUUAUAUCCAUAAAGUUGAAAAUAAUUACAUACUAUUGUAUUCGAAUACCCUUCAUGGAAGAAAUUAUAUUUUGAGUUCAUUUUUUCACCACAGCUUCUUGGAGAAAUAUAGGCACUUCGUCAUGACUGGACAUCUGGUUCUUUUUCUAACAGAAGCUCACCCCAUAAUUUAAUAGCUGAAAUUUUUUCCAAAGAUAAUUUCAGAACAAAAAAGUUGGCAUAUUACAAAAUCUAGCUAAUGUAGAAAAUCCAUCUUCAAUUUGUGUGCCACUACCACAUUUAUGAGACACAGCAAAAGCAGAGACAAUCCAAACCCAACACCUUUUCACCACGGCUUCAAAUAAUGAA